AUGGUUAAGCUGUCGUAUGAUGACAUGAUGGGAAGACUCAUUCCGCCGGUUGCGGACGAGCCAGAUACCGUCUUUUUCAGACACAUCUUUGACCCGGUUCCCGCCAAGCUAGAGAUGGAUUUCUUCCAGCGUCUGGUGGUAUCACUGAACAACCACGUUGCUGGAGACGACUGUCAGCUCGUCCUUGUUACUGAAAGAAACCCGCAGCCUCGGACCAUUGAGAUCGAAAUGUAUUCAAGAAGCUCAGCCGCCGCCCUCGGGAAGCGCAGCGAUUGGUCGACCAUCGAGAUUUACCUCGCAUGUAGCAAUGAAGAGGGACUAGACCCGUUCGAGGAUGACCCAUCUGCCGAAACCCCACCUCUAUGCGACGGGGUGCACAAUCCUGCUUUCGACUCAGGCACCUCCAGUCCGUCGUCCUCGGAAAGGAUUACCGCGCGGACGUUCCUUGACCAGAUAGUAGAGCACGCGGAUAUCGUAUUCCAGCGCCAACAGCGCACUCACUACUACACUUUGGCUAUCUUCGGCAGGUACGCGCGCAUGGCGAGGUGGGACCGCUCCGGCUGCGUCUACUCGGACAGGUUCGACUUCGUGGCCGAGCCCGCGAAGCUUGCGCUGCUCCUCUGGCGCCUCUCUCACGCGGCGACUCCAGACGUCCGGGGCCACGAUACCUCUGCCACCCGCGUCCUCCGGGGAAGCGCGGAGUACCACGCCAUGGUUCAGUCCACCACAGUCAUUGCUGGCGACCACGCACGGGAGCUCUUCGCCAAGUCACUCGUCGACACCUGGCCAUGGUGGAAGCUGACGGUCUCGGGCGGGGAUCCGAAACAGGCACCGCACGAGUACCUCGUCGCGAAACCCACUUUCGCAGCCCCAGAUGUGGUGGGCCGCGGCACGCGCGGCUACGUCGCUCUUGACUACACCGAUCCCGCGCAUCCCCUCGUGUAUCUGAAAGACUGGUGGAGAGUUGUGCAUCCACGCUCAGAGCAGGAAGGUGCGAUCCUCACGUACCUCAACAGCAAGAGAGUGGGCCACAUUCCCACGAUGCUUUGUCACGGAGAUAUCGGCAAGGAGACGGUCAUGACGUGCGACAUCUGGAAGGAGGUGCACGGCGCUGAGAAGGAGUGCUCCUUGAAGAACUACCGUCACUAUCGCCUUGUUGUCAAGGAGGUUGGCAAACCCCUGAAUAUGUUCAAGAACGGAAAACAGCUGGUCUGGGUGAUAUUGCACGCUCUACUCGCACACAUGCACGCCUACACGAAGGCACACACAAUCCAUCGAGACAUCAGCGUCGGAAACAUCCUCAUCAUACCCGCACCAGGAAAGAAUGCCUACGGCUGCUACGGACUCCUGACCGACUGGGAACAUUCUAAACGCAGCGAUGUGAACUACACGGAAGCUCGCCAUCCGGAUCGGACUGGAACAUGGCAAUUCAUGUCAAUCAAUGCCCUAUGCAAGCCGACGAAAGAAAUCGACAUUCCAGACGAGUUAGAGUCGCUCUUUCACGUCUUGCUGUACUGCUCCAUGCGAUGGAUCCCUCACAACUGUGCCGACGUGGGCGCAUUUAUGUACAAGUACUUCGACGAAGGGGUGCCGGUCGACCAAGAGCACAAGGAGUACGCCGCUAGUCUCCUCAAGAGACUGGUCUUUGCAUCGGGUGAACUGAUUGCACCAAACAACGCUCGAAUUGUAUUCCUGAAAGCUCCCCAGCCGUCACUUCCUGCAAUUCUCCCCUCGGUACUCCCAGGUGCCACCGAUUCCGAUUCGGAGUCAGAUGUGUCCCAUUCCCCCACGACUUCUCGCUCAGGUACACCAACCCCACAAUGCCGGUCAGCACCGACAGAUUGCGCACCUCCCCAGCCGGUGAUCCAGGAGGGUGAUCGGCACCCCAUUGAUCACCUACUGAACGAUCUACUUCCGCUCUUCAAGGCCCUAUACGAGCACCAGAAAGUACCCUUCCUCAGGUCCAAGGAAAGGCCGGAGCUGGAGCUAGAGAUGAUUGAGGAAUGGGUUGCGAGUUCCGGACUGGACACCGACGAUCUGAACUUCCUCGGAACUCCCGGGGUCGAUCUGCCUGAUCAGAGCGAGGACUUGGCCGCUCUCGAGAAGACGGCAAAGAAGCUUGAAGUGCACGAUAACGUGGCCAAGAUCUUAUUCACUGCUCUCAGCAAGAACGCCGCCGACUACUGGCCAGCGCAAGACAAGCAGGCCGACCAACUCGCUCCCAAGUACGUGUCAAACCAGCCGGUGAAGGACAGUGCCGCGAAGUCGGGAAAGCGAACCUCGCUUCACGACGGAACUUUCGAAGAGACUGGUCGCCCCGCGGUGCGGCCCCGUAGCAGCACGGUAUCGAGGACGUGA